AUGUCUAGACAUUUAUCACAUUUAUCAGUUUGUUCACAUUUCUCAAACUUAUCUCAUCGUUUCUCUCUCUCUCUCUCUUUCUCUCUCUCUCUCUCUCUCUAUCUAUGUAUCUAUCUAUUUAAAUGCUAUCUUAUUUGUCUGUUUCAUUUGUCUCAUAUAACGUAUCCGACUGCAAUUCGACCUCGCCAUUUAUUCAUUCAUUCAUUUCUUUCUUUCUUUCUUUCUUUCUUUCUUUCUUUUCUUUCUUUUCAGGAGGUUCAUAAAUAUCUAUCUGACGAUCUAUAUCAAACGACCUUCAUUUCACGAUUUGAUCUAUCCCAUUCUGUUCAUAUCUAUCUAUCUAUCUAUCUAUCUAUCUAUCUAUCUAUCUAUCUAUCUAUCUUAGUCUGUUUGUAUCUAUCUCAUCUAUCUAUCUAUCUAUCUAUCUAUCUCAGUCUGUUCCUCUAUCUAUCUAUCUAUCUGUCUAUCCCAGUCUGUUUAUAUCUAUCUAUCUAUCUAUCUAUCUCAGUCAGUUUAUAUCUAUCUAUCUAG